AAAGUCCUGUCAAGUUCCUGUCUGAAGGGACACAGAAGCUGCCGUCUGUGGCCAUGACCGGCACACAAACACCACAGCCUUUAUCAAGCACCCUUCAGUACUACGGGGGGACGCUGAAACGCAUGCAGCAAUAUUGUAUGCCCCAAAUGCCAGUCCGAUUUUCUCAAGGAGGACCCGUCAGGUUCCUGCAGGAGGGAAUACAGAACCUGCCAGCUACGGCCACAAACAGCAAACAGACACCACAGCCUGCACCGAGACCCCUUGAGUACAACAGGAAGAUGUUGGAUGGUCCACGGAACAAUGGCACCACAAGUGACUUGACUGCCUGCCAGCUGCGCAACCCCAGUUCCAGCCUCCCACAGGGGGUGGCGGGGUCCAGCGCUCAUAGCUCCCAAAAACCCAUAGAGGGAGCCUUACAAAAGAGGGAGCUCCGAUUGAUGAAGAACAGGGAAGCCGCCCGGGAGUGUCGACGAAAGAAGAAGGAAUAUGUCAAAUGCCUCGAAAAUCGCGUGGCCGUGCUCGAAAAUCAAAACAAAACUCUGAUUGAGGAGCUAAGAGCCUUAAAGGACAUCUAUCGACACAAAGUGGAGUGAUCCCUCUGACUGGAAGAGGAGCCGGGGAUUGUGUUUGUUAGUGGUGUACUUCUGUGACGGUGUCUUGAGGACUCUGGUUUUGCUUAUACAGACCCACAUGCACACAAACACACACAAAUAAACACACACUAUCACAAAACACUCCUUGUCCUUGCUGUUAAAUGUGUUUACACGAUGAUGUCAAUGUUUCUGGCUCUGAAUUAUCCUCACGCCACCACCAGCAAAAAAACAAAACAAGAACUUUGUUUCAGGUCAGGGUUAUUAUCAGCGAGUACUAUGAGGAGUUUAUGUCCCUUUGAAAAUGGAGGCUACCAGAAGUAGCCGGAAAAGAAUGAGGGACUAUAUGGACCAUCUGCAAACCUCGCAACGCCUUACUGGAGAUGGAGAAGGCCCAGCUGGAGCGCCUCACUAACCCGAGCACCCAAAAACUAGAUCCACUUACGCCUUUGCCGUUACCACCUUAACUGCACUGCAUUUGACAUUCCUUUAUGCUCCGUUUUAUAAUUUGGCUCUAUUAAAAUGCCAUAUCAGUUGUCUUUAUGAUGGUCUGUUUUGCUGUUUUGUUCAGGAAAUGCUGCAAAAAGCCAAAUGUUCUAAAAGGGAAUCGGGUCCUCGGGGCUUCACGUAGCAAUGAUUCAUUUUAUUCCACCUCAGAAAUCCUGAUGCAAGCACAUGACCAGGAAUUAACACCUACCACUGCACUUAUCACCCACGUUACUUUGUAUUUAAUGUAAGAGACCUACCAGGAUCUGUUGUGCAUCUGCUUCUAACCUGUGGCAUGUCUUAUUUAUUACCCUAGCUGCAUUUUUUAGAGUUUUGAAUACCAGUGCAUGGUUUUUACAUACAAAAAGGAAAAAAAAAACGUAUUUAUCUUAAUAUGAAUGAGUGUAUAUUUAGUUCAAGAAUACAGGCUUUUGUGGAAAUUGUAUUAACUCACUGUUUUUAACUGUUUUUGUUUUGUCUCAGUAUACAUGGUUGAAUUUAGAAGUUAUUUAUCUAACUAUCAUUUUGAAUGUGGUUAAUUAGAAAUGUCUUUGUCGGUGCAUAAUUUCUCCUCUGUAAUACCUUAGCCAUUGUCUUGUUCUGAUCACACCUUAUUCAAAAGGUCUUAUAGACAUAUUUUUUAAAUGUAUUCUCUUCAAUAAAGUUC